AUGUUAGGUGCAGGUCAAGAAGUAGGAAGAAGUUGUUGUGUUAUCGAAUAUAAAUCGGUCACUGUGGUUUGUGAUACGGGUGUUCAUCCUGCUUAUACUGGAAUGGCUGCUUUACCUUUUAUUGAUGAAAUUGAUUGGAGUACUGUUGAUGCAAUUCUGAUCACACAUUUUCAUCUCGAUCAUGCUGCUUCAUUAACAUAUAUCAUGGAAAACACUAAUUUCAAAGAAGGUAAUGGAAAGGUCUUUAUGACACAUCCGACUAAAGCAGUUUACCGAUUCUUAAUGCAAGAUUUUGUAAGGAUGAGUACGAUUGGAACAGAUGGUGAAUUAUUCAAUGAAGAACAAAUGACACUAUCCUACGAAUCCAUCAAUGCCAUAGAUUAUCAUCAAGAGAUUUCCCUAGGAUCGCUUCGAUUCACAUCAUAUCCAGCCGGUCAUGUCUUAGGUGCAGCUAUGUUUUUGAUCGAGAUAGCAGGCAUCAGAGUGCUUUAUACGGGUGAUUAUUCUACGGAAGAAGAUCGACAUUUGAUACCUGCUAAAGUCCCGAAUUGGAAUGAAAAACCUGAUGUGAUGAUUUGUGAAUCGACUUAUGGUGUUCAAUCUCUUGAACCUAGACCUGAAAAAGAAGAAAGGUUUACUGCAUUAGUCCAAAUGAUCUUAAAAAGAGGUGGUAGAGUCCUAAUGCCAGUCUUUGCCUUAGGAAGAGCUCAAGAAUUAUUAUUAAUCUUAGAUGAAUAUUGGUCAAACCAUCCUGAAUUAAAUUCGAUUCCGAUUUAUUAUAUUUCGAAUCUAGCAGCUAAAUGUAUGAAAGUUUAUCAAACGUUUAUUCAUGGGAUGAAUGAAGAGAUCAAAUCUAAAUUUAAUAAAGGGAUCAAUCCUUGGACGUUUUUUAGAGAAGGUAAAGGUUUGUUUAAGAAAGGAUAUGUUACGAAUUUGAAAACUUUAGAUAAGUUUGAUGAUCGUGGACCUUGUGUUGUGAUGGCUAGUCCUGGGUUUAUGACCAAUGGAGCUAGUCGUGAACUAUUAGAAAGAUGGGCACCUGAUCGAAGAAAUGGUCUAUUAGUCACUGGUUAUUCCAUUGAAGGUACAAUGGCCAGAGAAAUGUUAAAAGAACCACAAGAGAUCACAGGGAUCAAAGGAAACAAGAUUCCUAGAAGAAUCGAAGUGAUUUAUAUUUCAUUUUCUGCACAUGUAGAUUAUACACAAAACGCAGCAUUUAUUGAUCAAGUGAUGCCAACUCAUUUAGUUUUGGUUCAUGGAGAAUUUAAUAAUAUGACUAGACUUAGAAACGCUUUGAAAGAUAAAUACCUUUUAGCUAAAAACGAAAUGCAGAUUUAUACACCUAGGAAUGUAGAAACUUUGAGAAUCAAAUUCAAAGCAUCUAGAAUAGCAAGAGCAAUAGGUAGUUUAGCAGACACGAAUUUAAGUGUUGGACAAACGAUCUCAGGCAUCUUGGUUUCCAAAGAUUCAGCUUAUACUUUAUUAUCUUCAACUGAUUUAAAAGAUUAUACUGGACUUUCAACUUCAUCUAUUUUUCAAAAAGUUUCGAUUAAUAUUAAUGUAGGUUGGGAAAUCGUUAGAUGGCAUUUGAAUUGUAUGUAUGGUAGGAUUGAAGAAGGGAUUGAUUUGAAUGAUAAGUUGACGUUUAGAGUGAUGGAAACUGUUGAUGUGAAAAAAGUCGAAGAUCAUCAAGUUUUAUUGGAAUGGGUUGGCUCAGUUACGAACGAUAUGAUAGCAGACUCAGUCCUAGCUCUCUUACUAGGAAUAGACAGAAGUCCAGCUUCUCUAAAACGUUAUGGAAAUCAUUGUGAUCAUCAUCAUUCGUCAACUCAUCAAAAACCUAAAGACGGUUGGAUCGAAAGAGUUGAUAAGUUAAUUGGUUUCUUAGAUGGACAUUUUGGACAUGUUGAAUUGUUGAAUGAACCGGCUAGAUUAAAGGUUUGGAUAGAUGAAGUUUGGUCUGAAGUGUUUUUAGAUGAUUUGGUGGGUUCUUUUUUUCCUCUUUCUCUCUCUUUUUGA